UGUCAGCGCAGCGCUGUGAACACGGUGUGGGACUCUUUCUUUGCCCCCUCGCUACGGACGAGGGGGGAUUAGCGUCUUGGCAUUCCUUGGCAGACUUCGCCUUAACCUACGUUGCUGAUACCUACCAUACAUUCCAGAUAUCCAUUCAUACUUAUUUUCCUCCUCUAUUCCCUGCAUUCCUGUAUAUCACCAUGGAUCCCUCUCCCAAUAAUGCCGCCAUGUACGAUGCGCGAAGGCGACGCGGUUCUGUCGGGACAUCCCAGCUCUUCGAUACCAUCGUAUCAGCCUCCAACUUCGACAGAGAUGAGGUGGAGAGACUUCGCAAGCGGUUUAUGAAACUAGACAAGGAUAGCUCCGGUGCCAUCGAUCGAGAUGAAUUCCUUUCCCUUCCUCAGGUGUCCUCGAACCCGCUCGCAACGAGAAUGAUCGCAAUCUUCGACGAAGACGGCGGUGGCGACGUCGACUUCCAAGAAUUCGUCUCCGGUCUAUCAGCCUUCAGCUCCAAGGGAAAUAAAGAAGAGAAACUUCGCUUCGCAUUCAAAGUCUACGACGUCGACCGAGAUGGCUACAUCUCCAACGGCGAGCUAUUCAUCGUAUUGAAGAUGAUGGUCGGCACGAACUUGAAGAACGACCAGCUGCAGCAGAUUGUGGAUAAGACAAUUAUGGAGGCGGACAAGGACCAUGACGGCAAGAUUAGUUUCGAGGAAUUUAUGGAGAUGGUUGAGAAUACGGAUGUGAGCAUGAGCAUGACGUUGAACUAUAUUUAAGCGUGGCAUUCAAUGUUGUCUUUGUUGCCAUAUUCUUUGUGCAUAUUUUUGGUUCUGACAUGAUAAUGAUCCGUGAUGACCCUUGUAUCUUAAACGACCAACAUCUGAUAAAC